UAAAAAGGUGAGGACAUUACAGUGCUUCCCAAACCUGUCCUAGACUCCUCCCUGCCCUGCACCUUUUGUAUGUCUCCCUUAUCUAACAUGCCUGAUUACACUCAUCAGCUUGUUACUAGAAGAUCGCAAGAACUAAAUUGAGACUGGAGCAGAAGCUGAAGAGGAGGUUGACGACAUGAAUGAUCAAGAACCAUCCAGAAUAAAACAUGAAGAUACAACAGUCUGGAUGGAAGUAAAACAGCAAAGACAUGAGGGGAAUGAAGUGGAGGAGGAACGCUGUAAAGUCAAAACUUCAAGACAAAAAGACAAACCGCUUCACACCUGCUCUCAGUGUGGAAAGAGUUUCAAACGUAAAGGAAACGUUAAGACGCACAUGAGGAUCCACACUGGAGAGAAACCACACACAUGCCCUCAGUGUGGAAAGAGUUUCAUACACAAAGGAAGCCUUAAUAGGCACAUAAUAAUCCACACUGGAGAGAAACAAUACACCUGCUCUCAGUGUGGAAAGAGUUUCAAACGCAAAGAAAACCUUAAGAAUCACAUGAGAAUCCACACUGGAGAGAAACCAUACACAUGCCCUCAGUGUGGAAAGAGUUUUACUGCAGCACGAAGUCUCUGUUAUCAUCUGCGCAUUCACUCUGGAGAAAAGCCAUUUAACUGUGAUCAGUGUGGUAAAAAGUUUAUUUCAUUAUCAAGGCUAAAAACACACUUGAUAGUUCAUUCAGAUGAGAAGCCUCAUGUGUGUUCUUUCUGUGGAAAGAGUUAUUCACGGCUAGACAGUUAUAAACUGCACCAGAAAACACAUUAUGAAGUGAGAGACCACAUGUGUUUUGAGUGUGGGAAGAGCUUUACUAGAACUGAUCAUCUGAAACAGCACCAAAGGAUUCACACUGGAGAGAAACCUUACAAGUGCUCCUACUGUGACAAGAGUUUCAUUCAGUCUGGAAGCCUGAAAGUACAUGAGCGAGUUCACACUGGAGGGAAACCAUAUCACUGUACUCAGUGUGGAGUUUUAAACAUAAAAACUCUGUAGUGUAUCAUACGAGUUAGUUUCCAGGUGCUUUAUUGGCAUGACAAAUAUUUAUACAUUCAUAUUGUAAAAGCAAUUACAAUGAGAUUAGUGCAAAACAACAAAGACAAAACAAUGUAACUGACAAUUAGUGAAUUCACAGUCUGACAGAAACAACACAGUCGUCAUGUUUAACUGAGCUGCUGAAAAGACAAUAGUUCCCUUUUUUUUCCUCAUUCAUUAUGAUAAUGUCUGAGAUCUUCUGUAAAUUGGCAAAUUAAGCCUAUUUCAUUUUGUUUCAACAGACCGAGACAAACUACAGGAUCGACACUUGAUGUGAUAAUCACCUACUGAUGUGUGUUUUUAAUCUUUUAACCCUAAAGUUAAAGUUCAUUAUUACAAACACUAUUAAAGGCUACAUAGACCA